AGGGAAAGGGGGAGAAAAAGGGAUUCCCUCACCUUUUCCGGCACAUUCCUUGUCAAUUUCCACCAGGAGGAGGCGCGCGGUCUAGAUCCCCCCUCGCCUCCUUCCUUACAUCCCCCUACCGAGCGCAGCUCAGGCUCGCCGCGCAGCCUGAGCAGCUCCUCCGGCAGCCCUGGCCCUCCGCACCCCCCCUCCCCGCCCCCCGGGUUGGUUUUUCCCAGCUGCGGAGGUUGGGCCAGGGGCUGGGGUGCGAGGAGAAUCGGCGCCUGCAGCGCUGAACGGGCAAGUCGCUGCGACUCUGGUGAGACUGGGAGUUAUCUCGAGUGCGGAGGUCGCGCAGCGGAUCCUGCGGGAGGCGCCAACAAAAGAGGCGGGAGGUGCCACCCGGGGGCGGCGGCCGCAACGAGAGCGGGAGGAGGAGCGCGGAGCCGAGCGUCCCGACCGGCCGUGCGUACUUUCUGGAGGGAAGGGGCGGGGGACUCGGCCCCGGGAGGGGGACGCCCGGUGGCCAGGGGGUUGGCCAAGUUCCGGCGGCGGCGUUGGCGGCGGCCCUCCUCCGCUCCCACGAGAGGAAAGUUUUCUCCAGAAGCUUCCGGCCGGCCCGCGCCCUUCGGAGCCCCGUCUCCCGAACCUUCGGAGCGGGCGGCGUCCCAGCCCGGCUCCGGGGACACCCGAGCCGCGAUGCCUGGGGGGUGCUCCCGGGGCCCCGCCGCCGGGGACGGGCGGCUGCGGCUGGCGCGGCUGGCGCUGGUCCUCCUGGGCUGGGUCUCCUCGACCUCCCUCCCCUCGUCGGCGUCCUCCUCCACCUCCUCGGCGUCGCUCCCGGCGCCCGCGGCGUCCGGCCAGCCCGCGCUGCCGGGCCGAUGCCCAGCGCCGUGUGAGUGCUCCGAGGCCGCGCGCACCGUCAAGUGCGUGAACCGCAACCUGACCGAGGUGCCGGCCGACCUGCCCCCCUACGUGCGCAACCUCUUCCUCACGGGCAACCAGCUGGCCGUGCUGCCCGCCGGCGCCUUCGCCCGCCGGCCGCCGCUGGCCGACCUGGCCGCGCUCAACCUCAGCGGCAACCGCCUGAAGGAGGUGGACGCCGGCGCCUUCGAGCACCUGCCCGGCCUGCGCCAGCUUGACCUCAGCCACAACCCGCUGGCCGACCUCAGCCCCUUCGCCUUCUCGGGCAGCAACGCCAGCGUCGUGGCCCCCAGCCCCCUGGCGGAGCUCAUCUUGAACCGCCUCGAGCUCCCCGCGGCCGAGCGGCAGAACCUGAGCCUGGAGGGGAUGGUGGCGGCGGCCCUGCGAGCUGGCCACGCGCUGCGGGGGCUCCGCCGCCUGGAGCUGGCCAGCAACCAGCUCCUCUACCUGCCCCGCGACGUCCUGGCCCAUCUGCCCGGUCUCCGGCACCUGGACCUGCGCAACAACUCGCUGGUGGGCCUGACCCACGUGUCCUUCCGGAACCUGACGCACCUCGAAAGCCUGCACCUGGAGGACAACGCCCUCAAGGUCCUGCGCAACGGCACCCUGGCCGAGCUGCAAAGCCUGCCCCACGUCCGGGUCUUCCUGGACGACAAUCCCUGGGUCUGUGACUGCCACAUGGUGGACAUGGUGGCCUGGCUCAAGGAGACCGAGAUAGUGCAGGGCAAAGGCAGGCUCACCUGUGCGUUCCCGGAGAAAAUGAGGCAUCGAGUCCUCUUGGAACUCAACAGCUCCGACCUGGACUGUGACCCUAUCCUCCCGCCAUCCCUGCAGACGUCCUAUGUGUUCCUGGGUAUUGUUUUAGCCCUGAUAGGCGCCAUCUUCCUCCUGGUUCUGUAUUUGAACCGUAAAGGGAUAAAGAAGUGGAUGCAUAACAUCAGAGAUGCCUGUAGGGAUCACAUGGAAGGGUAUCAUUACAGAUACGAAAUCAAUGCGGACCCCAGGUUAACAAACCUCAGCUCGAAUUCGGAUGUCUGAGAAGCGCGUGAGGACAGAACCAGGACAACUCUGCAUGAGAUGUAGACUUCAGCUUUAUCCCGUCCUAGGCUUGCUUCACCUCCACCCUCCACUGUAGCCGCCAGUGACCUUGACUGAAAGCAGCGAAGGGAAUUUGCUCCCUUCUGUAAAGUUUCUUGGUGUGUUCUGUUACUGUGGGACGAUGAACAACUGUGCAUAGUGUUUUAUCCUCUUCCUUCUUGGAACUCAACAUGUGUGGAGGGAUGUUUUCAAGUUUCAGCAUGAACAUGGCCUCCUGGCUGUUUUUCUCUUAGUACAGUUCAAGGUGUAGCAAGUGUACUCUCACUGAUAGCAUUCAACAAAAGCUGCCUCAACUUUUUUGAGAAAAAGACUUAUUUCAUAAAUAUCAGUUUUAUUCUCAUGUACCGAAAUUGUGGAGAGAAUGAUUGCAUUUCAUAAACUGCCUGCAGACCUUAGCAAGCUCUUCAGAGUAACUCCAUAGUCCACAGGAGCCCCUGCAUCCGAGAGCAUGCUUACAUUUUACUGUUCUGCAUAUUUCAAAAAAUAACUUGCAACUUCAGAUAACUUCUUGACAAGUUACUUUUUUGAUUGCAGUUUAUAUGAAACUAUGCUGAAGUUCUUUUAUAAACUGCAUCGAGAGCCAACAAACUAAAUUGUUAAAAAAAAUUCAAUAAAGAUUC